GACUGCGUGUGAACGCAGCACGCCCGGCAGGAUGGAAAGAAAGUUUUCAUUCAAGCCCGCAAAGAAAAACGAAGAAGAAAGACCAGCAGGGGGCGCUGCUGCCUCCUUAGGCGUCACCAUGCAAGAAGAAGAAGGAGGAGGAGGAGAAGAGGGGAAGGGGAGGCAGCUGCCCCGUCAUCCAACGUGUCCUCCCGCCCCCUCCCCCAUGGAGUGGAGCGCCACGCCCUGCCGGCCAAUCACAGUGCGGUCCCGCCCUCUCCAUCACGUACUCUUCACUUUCCACGGCAACCGGAGGCCCCCCGUCUCCCUCUCCUUCUCCUCCUCCCUUCCCUUCCUCUCCUCUCCUCUUCUUUCUCUCUUUUCCUCCACUCGUGUUUCCCGUCCAAAAGGUGCCGCAUCAUCGCUUAACUUAGCAUUAGCAUUGCGGCUGCUAGCGCCGGCCGCAGUGGGACUGUCCCGACCCGCCGCCGCACUCCCUCCGACCUUCCUCCAUCCGUCUUCCGUCCUUCCAUCAUCCUCCGUCCGUCCGUCCGGCCGCAGAGGAGCGUUAGUCGGUCGCUCGCUCGCAGUAAACGCAGGCGGGGCGGCAGAUGCGGCUCCGCCCGUGAACGCCGUUGUCGAUCAUCUCUUCCUCGCUCGCCUCUUCAUCACCAUGAGCGCGGUGACCUUGUCGCCUUUGAGCCCCGCGCCGCCGUCGCCGGCGCUCACCGCGGCCACGCCCGCUCCGGACCGGCGGGGGGCGUCGUCGGCAGAGGCCGAAGGGGAAAAAAACAAGGCGGGGGCGGACGCCGCCCUCAGGUCCAAUCGGAAGCCUCCGCCGGUGCACACGGGCGCCGAUUGGCAGGUGCUGCUUCACCUCCCGCAAACGGAGGCGUGGCUCCGUGCCAGCGGCGCCAGGGUGACGCAACUGACGCACUCGGCGGCGCAAGACGGCGCCGGCAGACACGUGGACGCGCACCUGUUGCAGCUCAAGGACAUCUGCGAGGACAUCUCCGACCAUGUGGAGCAGAUCCACGCUCUUCUGGAGACCGAGUUCUCCCUCAAGCUUCUGUCCUACUCCGUCAACAUCAUAGUGGACAUCAGGACGGUGCAGCUUCUGUGGCACCAGCUGAGGGUUUCGGUUCUGGUUCUGAAGGAGCGUCUUCUUCAGGGUCUGCAGGACCCCAACGGAAACUUCACCAGGGAGACCGACAUCUUGCAGGCCUUCAGCCGGGACCGGGACCGCCGGCACCAGACUCGUCGUCUCGACGCCCUGACCGAGGUCGACGAUUGCGGUCAGCUGACCAUUCGCUGCAGUCAGGACUAUUUCUCUCUGGACUGCGGCAUCACGGCCUUCGAACUGAGCGACUACAGUCCCGGUGACGAGCCCCAGACCCGGGAAAACCGGAGCCUCGGCGAGGACGCCUCUCAGGAGCCGGAGAAGGUCCAGAAGGCGGACUCGGAAAAGAUCGACGUCCAGAGCGCUUCGCCUAAACUUGUGAUACCCGACGGCUCGUUAAGCCACACCCACCCCGUCUCAGGAGAAAGCAAAUCGACCAAUCAGAGCGAGGCUGCAAAGCGUUCUCUGCCGGGCGACGACCGGAACACGGAGCCGUCGCUCCCGAAAAGAGUCGCUCUGAUCUCGUACGAGGUGGAGGACGCCGGGGGGGUCUCAGAGACCAAACUCGGCGACAGCGCCCCCGCCGACCUCGCGGAUCCCCUCAUGGAUCCGCUUACGGAUCUCCCAGACCGCUCCAAGUUCUGGUUGGAGCUGGACUCUGUUUUGUCUGGAAAAGACAUCCACAAGGUCAUCGAUAGUCACGAUGUCCAGAGAGGUCACACGAUGACGAACGGAAGUUCUUUGGAACCCUCCCCGCCUCCGCGGGAUGCGACGUCCCAGAGAGACCGAGCGGAUAUUUGGGCUCACGGCGACGGUGACUCGGACUCCUCGGCGCCGUCCCCCGUCAGGGAUCAGGUCCUGUCGUCUGACCUGGAGGCCAGCGGGGAGGAGUCAGACCCCAGACCGCCUCCCUGCAAGAUUCCGUCCUGGCUGGUGAAACAGAAAGAACACAAGCAGGACUUUCAGGCAUCUUCAGAGGCCAGUGCAGACCGGGUGCACUGGUACGGGUCUGAGGAGUUCCUGGCGCUUCCUGCUCAGAUCCACAAGAGCGAGAUUCUGGCCAUCGACCUGGAUAGUCUGGCCCAUGCGAUGAGAGCUGGUGGCGAGGACGUUAGCCAUGAUGCUUUGCAGGACGUGGAUGAUUGGGAUUUGACUGAGCUGAAGCAGGACAACUGGGAUUCUCCUGAGAGCGGGGACGACAUUCCUUCGCCACCGUUUGGUCCAAUCAGGCGAAACCUCCUGGGCCGCGUUAGCCCCGCCUCCUCCAGCGACAUAGCUCCCUCAUUGGACGAAAGCAUCGAAUCCGGCCAGCUGAACGAGCUUCCGUCUGAAGAAGAGGGUCGCCUCCUCGGGCCUGCGGCGCCCCCGGUGGACGGACGUGGAAGCGCGUCUCCGGUCCGGCGGCUUCUGGACGACAUUGGCCAGGACGAAGACCCUGACGUGUGGAACAAGAUGGCGGAGUUCGUGCGGCAGCUGGACGGAUUCAUCGGCUGGAUGCAGGGGGCGCUGGAGAGCACGCGGGCCUGGACGCCGCCGCCGACCGCCCGCUUGGACGCGCUCCACGACUUCCUGGACACGCACCUGACGUUCAAACUCAACGUGGACAGUCGCGGCGCUCUGAAAGAGAGCAUCAUGGAGGACGGCACGGCGCUUCUCGCCAUCAUACCCGCCCACCAAUCAGGUCUGCGCGACAUCCUGGAGAUGGUCUCCGGCCAAUGGGAGCAGCUUCAGCUUCAGAUCCGCCGCCAACACGCGUGGAUGCUCCGCGCCCUGCGCCUGGUCCGGACACGCCUCCUCCCGCGCGCCGGCCAAUCGCGGCUGCCCGACCGCCUCCAGGCGGAGCUGCCGUCCAGUCGCCAUGACGCCCAGCGAGCCCACAAACUGAAAAGCCUGCAAUACGCCUCCACAGCCAACAGGGAACGCUACGCACACAGCAACAGCCUGCAGGACUUCGAGCGCGCGUACGAGGAGCUCUGGGAUCGGCUGACGGACGCGGACGCCGCGGCGACGACGUCGGACGAGCGGAGACGACGCCUGUUCGAGAGCAGCCACAGCGAACUGAUGGCGAUGGAGGAGAAGAAGACGAGUCUGCUUUGUCAAGUCGAGUCGCUGAAGAGGAGCUCAACACAACUGCCGGAAAGUUUACAACAGAAAGUGCAACAGCUCACACACAAGUGGACGCAGCUGGAGAACCUUCUCUCCGGACACUCCCCCCCCGAGGCGGCGGCGGCGGCGGCGGCGGACCGGGCCGUCCCGGAGCGGCUGCGGGCCAGCGUGGAGGAGCUGAAGGCGUGGCUGCGACACACCGAGCUGCUCAUCUUCAACUCGUGCCUGCGACCAAGGCAAGAUGACGACGCCCACCGGCAGCUGGACAGCUUCGAGAGCUUGCGUUCGGACGUGCGAGCCCGACGACGCCGAGUCUCCCGGGUUCUGAAACUUUGCCGGAAGCUUCUCCAGCAGAACCAGUCGGGACCCGAGGCGGAGCGGCGCCGUGACGCCCUGCGGCCGCUGACCGUCAACCUGGAGCGCAGGUGGGAGGCCGUCGUCAUGCAGACGCUGCAGUGGCAGAACCGACUCAAGAAGGAGCUGGGGGAGAGCGAGGUCCCAGGGAACUUUCUGGAAGAGGACCUGGCGGACCUCCAGCGGCCGAACCCCGACCGAGCUCCCCCGACGGCCUCGCCUCCGGACGACUCGUGGGAAUGGGACGAGACCGACAUGACGGCGGGGGAAGCUCCGGAAGUGCCGGAACCCGACCUGACGCACGACCUCCCCUGCCGCGACUCGAGCCUCCGUCCUCGGAGCGCUUCUCGGGCGCUUCCGGCCGUCUACCAGGUGUACGGCCUCCACGCGGUGGAGUUCCACACGGCCCCGGAGCUUCCCCGCGCAUCCUCCGAGAGGAAGCGGCAGGUGUUCCGGAAGUGCCUGAGUAAGGACUCCACUUUCUCCUCCAUGGAGUCCCUCCCGGACCUCCUGGGCGGGCUGACGCCCGCCGAGCGAGGCGCCGGCCGGCGCUCCGAGAGCGAGAGCGGAAUCGCUAGCGACGCGGGAGACGCCGAGAUGAUUUUGUGCCGUGGAAUCCUCGCCAACGAGGACGCGGCCACUGCGAUGCUGCUCAAAGAGGACCGAAGAGGGCAAGGAAUCCAAAGAGCAUCGGGAACCACGGAAGAAGUAGACGAGCUCUUUAGCCUCAGGAAAGGAGGUAGCCAGGAUCUGGAGAUCCUGGAGAAGGAUCAGGAGCAAUCGGACCAAAAUGCACCCAAGUUUCUUCUGAGGCACGGUUUGAAUAAACUUCCCAGCAGUCCCGUCUUAUCUCCGGGGUCUUCUCUGGAGUCCCUCCUGUCUCUGGGCUCGGACCUGUUUCCCUCCAAAGAUCACCUCCACCGCAGCGCCUCCCUGGAAAGCGGCCUGUUGGAGCUGGACCUGUGCCGGACCAGAGACGAGGACCGUGAUGGUCCACAAGACCAGAAGUGUGGGGGAGGGCAAGGAGAGCUGUCCUCCGGGGAGCUGAGCAGGAGAACUUUGGAUCUCCUCAAGCGUCUGGAGAACAUUCAGACUCCCGCGGCCGCCGAGAUGACUCGCAGCGUGUCGGACAUGACGCUCCGAAGCAGAUCUUCUCUCGGCCGGCGCCCGGCUGCUUCGUCUUCGCCGGGCGGCCGACGUCGGCGAGGUUCCCCCGAGGCUUUACCGUCGCUCGUCCGGGAGAGCUCGCCGUCGCUCGCCGAGCUGAGCGGCGCCGAAGAGUCGUCCGUGGGUUCCGAAGACCUCGCCGUGCUCCCCGAACGCGGGAACCUCCUUCCGGACCGGGCCUCGCCACGGGGCGGCGAGCGGACCUCCUCCGCGAGGUCCCGCAAGAGGAGCGGCCGCCGAGAGGAGGCGGACGCCGUCAGCUUGAGCAUGGUGGUCAACGUCUCCUGCGCCUCCGCCUGCACCGACGACGAGGACGACGGCGACCUCCUGUCCUCCUCCACCCUCACCCUCACCGAGGAGGAGAUGGGAGUCCAGGAGGAGGAGGAGGAGAGGCUGACGGACUCCUCGUCCGGGAACGAGGACGAGGCGGCCGUGGAGGAGUCCUACGUGCUGGGCUCGGACUACGUGAAGACUGAGCUCCAGGCUUGGAUACGACCUCCUCGCGCCUCCUCAGAGACUGAAGUUGGCCUUUGUGAUGAACUCCGCUGUGGGACCAAACCAGAGCAGGAACACUUUCUGAACUCGACCGAGUUAGACCAGCAGCUGCAACGGAAGGAGGAGAACCGGAGGAACGCCUCGAGGAGCUUCAUCAGCCAGUUUGCCGACGAUGUGGAGAACGGGAACGUGGAGCGGAGCGGCUCGAAAGGCAAAGAUGAGGACGACCGGCUUCUGCGAGAGGAAUCCGGCGUGUUCACCAAGAGAGGAGAAGCUCUCAACAAGAAAGGAGAACCUCACACCAGCAGAGGAGAGCUUCUCAGGGAGUCCUUCACCUUCUCCAAAGUCAAAGAGGACAUAAACCCGCCAAAUGGGUUUCCCUCUUCGCCGUCCUGUGAGUUCCUGCCGCCCGCCGGCGCCUCCUCCUUAGUGGGCCAGCUGAAGGGGGAGUUACCCUGCCAGAGCGCCUCCCCCACGACCAAGGAGGGGCUGCGGUCCCGCGACAGGAAGGCCAUCACCAUCCAGGAGAAGCUCAAGUUCUCCUCGCCGGUGACGGAGCAGAGCAGGAGCCAGCUCCGGGACAAACAUUCCUGCCUGCCCACCAAAAAGUGGAAAAGUUCUGAUAGUCGCUCGUGCCGCCAGCACCUCGUCCCGUCGCCCCCCGCGGCCCACGCGGAGCAGGCCGUGCAUGACUUUGUCACGGAGAUCCUGGACUUGACUUCAGAGGCCCGCCGGAGCAAAGAGGUCCUCGGACAAGAGCCGACGCGCGGCGUCGAGAUAAGCCCCGCCUCCUUCAAGCACAUCAGACACAAGGUGGCGCAACAUUCCCAUCGGCCCUUGCAUCUGUCCCGAGGCGACUUCUACGCCUACUUGUCGCUCUCGUCCCACGACAGCGACUGCGGCGAAGUGGCUCAGCGCGCCGACGACGAGAGCGCCGCGCUGGCGCCUUACCUCGUCGCCGCCGCCCAUUCUGAUCACCGUGACGACAACGAUGUUUGCGCUCUGGACUUCGAGUCACCUGACCGCCCCAUCGCGAGCCCCGUCCCCUCGCCGCCGCCCACCCCGGACAUCCGGGACGAGGAGACGCUCUUCCCCGCCUGCGCCGAGGAGGUGUACCUGGGCCCGCCGCUCCGCUACAACGUGCCGCCCGGCGAGAAAACCCCAAAGACCUUCCAAGCGAAGGGUCUGCAACCUUUCCCGGGCGAGGAGGCCCGUCUCACAGACCCCGAGGAGGUCCGGAGCGUCGCGUCCGCCACGCCGGAACCUCCCUACGGCUCCUCCGCUAUCGACUUUCCACCGGCGCAGGAGACACCCGAGAUCUCCGAGAUCUCCGAGGUUGAGGGCCCGCAAACCUUGCAGGGUUCCUAUCCCGAGGGGAAGACGCUCGAGGAGGUCCAGAGCGUCGUCUCGGCCGUUCCGGAGUUUCCCUCCGGCUCGUUCUCCGCGGCCGGCGAGGCUUCAGGAGAAGCGAGGCGGGGAGGGGCCUCGCUCCUCGGGGGCUGCGACGUGUCAGGGCAGCGGGAGGAGGCGCCGAGUAAUGAGGCUCCUUCUUAUCUUAAUCCCCGGGCGCGUGUCGCCCCGAUAGACUCCUCGCCUGCCCAGUGUUCGGCAGAUACUAAAACGCUUCAAUCCAAUAUUGGCGCCGUAAUGACCAAGAUAAGUGUCGGCGGCUCCGCGACAAAUCCCUCAAAAGAGCCGCCCGCCUCCGCCACGCGUAUUAAUCCCAAAAUUAACUACAGGCCGAUCAAAGAGGCCGAUAGGGCGGCGGCGGCGGCGGCGGCGGGCAGGCGAGGGGCGGCCGACGCUCGCGGCGCCAAACGGCCCGAAGACAGGACGGCGGGGCGCAGGCGAUGGGAAUUGAAAUCGACCGCGCCGACGGCGGCGGUGAAGAAGAAGCAGGUCAGUGCUGUCAAUCGAGACGCCAAGGCCGCACAGGGGCGGAGCCAAGUCUCGGUCCGGCCAAUCAGACCAUUUGCUAAAAUCCAUCCAUCCAUCCAUGCAUUUUCUGAGCCGCUUUCUGGAGCCUCUCCCAGCUGUCAUCGGGCAGGAGGCGGGGUACACCCUGAAGCGGUUGCCAGCCAAUCGCAGGGCACAUACAAACAAACAACCAUUGGCACUCCCAUUCGCACCUACGGGCAAUUUCGAGUCUUCAAGCAACCUACUAUGUCAUGUUUUUGGGAUGUGGGAGGAAACCGCAGUGCCCGCAGAAAACCCACGCAGGCACGGGGAGAACAUGCAAACUCCAGUCGCGUGCCAUGAGAGGGGAGCCCCAACACCACGCAGUCAUCCAGCCCGGGGGGGCCCGGCCUCAGAAGUGAGAACCCACCUCCCCCCCGGUACUAUGACUGCCGGGUCCCCGACUUAGCGUGCGCUAAGCGAGCGAUGAAGAGGCACGGCUCCCGCAGGUCGGGCCCAUCGGGCCGGACGACCGCCCCCCAAGAGGGCUGCCCCACCCAGACCCGCAGCACCGACCCCGGGACCCCACCCCCUUCCCCCCGCACACACACAUUCCCGCCAGCACCCACUACCUAUGCGCAAUGUGAAUUCAAGAAAUAAAAACAGUUGGUUAUUUCAAAACGGAAAGCAAUUAGUUGUACGUUAUUAAGUGAAAGGUCUCAUUUUCUCGAGUGUACUCAAAAUUGCAACCCAAAAUAUAGUUUGUCCAAAUCAUCCAUUGUUUGAUAGAAUUUUCAGUAAGAUACUUGAGUACUAAAAUGUUUGUGAGCCGCAGCCCUACAUUCAAGCCCCCCAUUAAUUUUGUCAUAUUUUUAUUGUUUCAUAAAAUCCUUGCUUCGGGUCCCUGUGCGAUUAGGCUGCAAAAGUUGCUCCUCAAAGAAAAACAAAUAUUCGGAGCUUUGUGUGUGUGUGUGUGUGUGUGUGUGUGUGUGUUGCUCAAGUGCUUCAGCGAAUCAUUCUCCACUAAAAGUAGGAGUCCUGUCUUGGUGCUAGCCAAUCAGAAAAAGAGAAGGGCGAGUUAUCGGUUUUCCCGGACUCGAUACAUUUUCAUUGUUGUGGUAACACCCGGCGCUACUGGCGGACCGGCCUCGGCUCUGUAGACGUAAACAACUGGCACAUUUCAGGGAACGUUAUCUAUUUAUUGCGUUCGCUAGCCCGCAAGCUAACUAGCUACGGCGCUAAGCAGCUCACUCUGGCUCGCUCGAUCGUUGUGACAUCGUUUAAAACAGAGGUCCCUAACUCGCGCUCCGCGUCAGGACCCAGAAGCAGUCCCAAACGGACCCACGCCAUCGCCAAAAAACAUCCAAGAUUAGGAUUCAACACAAACGGGGCGCUUUUAUUUGAAGCGGCGCAACAUAUUUCAGGCUUUACUGUAGCGAUGAAUCGUACCGACCGAUCACAUGAGAGUUUCGCCACCAUUUCAGCCAAUCAAAUCUGCAUCGCAGGCGGCUUAUUACUGAAAUCACCGACUGCGCACAAACCAGCCAGUCAAGCGGAGUGAGCGAGAGAGAGAGAGAGAGUAAGCGGAGUUAAAGAUGGAGAAAGAUCAGAAAAUGACCGACAGAGGAAGAGAACUUUUGGAACAAACGGUGCUUAAAUUGGAACAGUUUUUGUUUGUACUUCUCAGUGGGAGGUUCCCAAUGGGAGCUCUUAUUUAACGCGCAUAUAACAUGUGAAGUGCCAAUAUGAACCAAAGCAAAAGUUUUGAACAAACAUAGCCUCUAAAACAGUUGAGUUCAGAUUUGUGAAAUUCAAAUAUGUAAAGUUGUUUGAGACUUCACUGUUUUGUCAAGAUGCCAAACAGAAAAGGGGAAACUCAAACUUUAUUUGUCUGAAGUUAAGCACUUGAUUUGAAUGCGCUUUCUCGUUUUUACUCGCUCUUAUUGCGAAAUGCAACCCUACUUUUAUUGAGAUUGUGCUCAUAUGUUAUUCUGCGAGAUGUGUACAAUUCUCCAUUAUGCCCUCAUAUCAUGAUAUCGGUGGCAUAAGAAAAAAUCACCAAUACUAUUGUUUACCUUGAAGGUUUUUGGCAAAAUAUAUUGUUCUAAAGAAAAUUGCUCUGGUGGCAGGCCUAAACACAAAUCAUAUUUAUAGAGAGAGCAAGAGCAAUAGAUCACAGGAAAAUAUUGUACAAACAGUAUCAAAAAUUGAAGAGUAACAACUGUAAUAGAAAUCUGCAAUAUAGCAGGACCGUGAAGCAAGAACCCCGAUGUGGCGGACGAUGACUGUAUCUGUAUUCUGUGAUGAUAAGUUGCAGGGACUCGUUGUUCCAGGGCCGGGACUCAUUGUUUCCAUGACUUGUGCAUCCCGGGACUCACGUCGUCUCAAGUUCAAAUGAUCUUUGCGACUCACAAGCCAACGCGGCACCGUAUUCAAUUCCACGUCAGUGUCCGCACGUGAUUCUGCAAUCUUGUUUUGUUGUCCCGAGCAGACUGGACCCGCAAGAGCUGGAACUUUGAUGUGUGACUGCUGAACGAGAACUUCAAGAAGAAAAUGGGAACAGAAGAAAGAAACGGAGAAGAAAGUGGGAAGCAAGUUGAAGGAGAAGGUUUGAGGAGAAUAUCCAAGCUUGAACGUCACAACCAGCAAGCUUAGAAACGGAUACCCCGCUCACUUGUGGUUUUUUUACAUUGUUUGGUUUUUUGGGGGGCGGGAGGGGGUUGGAACAAAAUUUCCCGAAUAGCGGGGGUGUACCGCAAUUGCCAUGUUUUUAUUUUUAUUUUUAUUUGUAUGUCUCUUUUUAUGAAUAAGCGGGGUAUCAAGUAAAAAAAAAAAAAAGAAAAAAAAAAAAACGCAAACAAGCAGGAGAUGGGGGGGAAAUGUACACAAAAAUAAGCGGGGCUUCGCGCAGAUAACGGGGCAUUGGUUCCCAGAAAAUCAGUAAAAAGGUGACCACGCAAAGGCCAAACCGCAAAUAAGCGGGGAGCCCGCUAUUCGUGGGGUACCGGCCGGCCCCACUGCGAACAGCAAAAAUGCCGAAAUAAUUAACGCUCAUUGUAAUGACUUUUCCGAGGGGGGAAUAAACAGAGGGAUCCAGUCAAAAAAACACAAAUAAGCUCGCUCCAAUGUUUGCGAAUACCGUGGCAAAUAUCUCCGAAUAAUUAACGCAAAUACAUUUUUUUUUAAAAAAUCCAGGGAAAAAAAAGGAAUAACUGUGGGAUCAGGUCAAAAAAGGUGCGAAUAAGCGAGAGGUUGCCUGCAUAACACGGCCCCGUAAAGAAGUAAAAAAAAAAACCUGAUUAAGUGGGGUUUUCUGCAAAUAAUAGGAGCUAAUUCUGCCCCAGAAAUCUGCCAAUAAUAAACGCUAAAUCAAAUUACCAUGAACAAAAGGUGUCUUUGUUCCCCUGAAAUCAUACAAAUGAGUGAUUGAGGAAAAAACUAAAAAAAACAUGACUAAGCGGGUGUUUCCGCGAUUAACGCAGGUUAGGUUUGAAUAAUUAAUGAGAAUUAUGAUUGGCAUGAAGAUAGCUUUUUUUGUUUUUGUUUUUUUAAAUCCUGUAAGGGAAAAAAACGAAUAAGUGGGGGCUUGGUCAUAAAAAUCAAUCAAUAAAUACAGUGAAUAAGCGGGGGUUUCUGCGAAUAACGGGGCAAAGUCCCCCCCAAAAAUCCACAAAUGGCGAACGGCGACUAUGCGAUGAACGCGGAUCCAUUCGGGGAAAUGAAUGGCCGAGUCACAUCUUGUUUGCUACCAAAACUGAGCGGAUGUUGGAAAACCGAGACAAAAUUUAGACGGAAAAAGUCAGCGAAACCUGAAUCGAACGAAAACGCAAGUUCCACGCUUCAAUUGCUGAAUGGCAAAUAAGCUUUGAGUUUAUUUGUGCCUUGUUUAAGAUGACAUCUACCUUUUUAGCUGUCAUGAUGAUGAUGAUGAUGAUGAUGAUGAUGAGGCCCAACUUGUGUACAUUUGUAAAGGCGGAAUGCUACUCGUGCGUGCCUUUGUGUGUUCUCGUGUGCGUGUGUUUGUUGCUGCAUGUUUCCACACUGGGAGAUCAUAAAACUCCCGCCAGCCGGCUGACGAAUAAAUGUUAUUCAUCGGACGAUUUAUUUUUUUUGUCUUUUUUUUGACACGUGAAAAGAAUGUCAAUUUGCUUUAAUUGAGAGGAAGAAGAAUCCGAUGUUGUUGUUCAAAUGUCUGGUGGCAUCUCAUCUGCGGAGAGGCAUGCUUGGCUACGCGAGGAAAUUAAUAAAAAUCCAAAUUAUCCUCAUUUGACGUGUGUC